CUCUCAUUUUGUUUUGCUUCUUUGUUUUUGUUUUAAGAUGGACUCUCACUCUGUUCUCAGAGUUGUAUCAAACUUCUGGGCUCAAGGGAUUCCCCCCCCCCCCAAGUAGCUCAGGCUCAGGCUGCCCUGCAGCUCCCCCUGCCUGCAUUUCUUCCUUCUCCUCUUCUUCCUGAUUUUUCUAGACCAGGGUUUGAAUCUAGGGUCUUGCACUUGCUAGGGAAGCAGUUGAUCACCAAUCACUUUUUUCUUUUUUAAGACAGGGUCUCACCAGAUUGCUCAGGCUGGCCUUGAAUUUGUGAUCUUUGCUUCAGAAUCCCGAGUAGAAGAGAUUAUGGGCCUGUGCCUCCAGGCUAGUUCGUGCCCCUCUUUUGAAUCCCCUCCCCAUUUUGGCUUUCGGGCCCAGUGUCUCUUGGACUUUUUCCUGCUCGCACACUACCUCCCAGACUUAUGGGCCUCCACCACCCUUGCUGCUGGGCCCGCCCACACCACUCUGGGAUGCUAACAGUCUCAGUCUUUCCACCCUGGAAGAGGUAUCUUUGGGUCUUCUCAACAACACCUAUUUCUCCAGAACAAUCUCCCUCCCCCUGUCAUGUUAAUGAUGUCACACCCACACCUGUGCCCGAGCCGCCUCUCAUGUUCCCUCCACCUGAGCCCCAGCUGCAUGAGGGUUUGCCAGUUCUUCCUGUAACCAUGCCCAGGCUUCCUUCUUGGCUUCAAGCCUCAGGCCAUUUGAUUUUCACCCUGCCAGUCCCAGCUUUUCCCUGCAUUGAACUCAGGGAGGAUGAGAGAGUGGCCGAUGCUUAGGGUAGGGGGGGGGUCUCCAGGCUGAGGGCUAGCAGGCUAGACUAUCUCCCACGUGGAGACAGCAGGAGCCAGGGUAAGGCAAAAGAGGCUGAGGGCAUAAAUGUACAGAGGCCUCACUCUUGGGGUGGCGCACCUGUAUAUCCCACACUUCAGUGUUUCCCUAGGUGCUUCAUGUGCACAAGACUCGUGUCAGCCUGCACGUGAGCACAGAACGGCCCAAAGGAGGAGGGUGGCAACCAUGCUCUUUCCCGUGCCUCUAGGGAUAGGCACUGAAUGAAUUUCUGCAAUGUCGACGACCAGCUUGCUAGUGAACCUACCCGCUACCUAGAGCCACAGUGUAGACUGUGGCCAGAAGAAAUUGAAGGGCACGUGUGUGGGCAGCCUCCCUCGGUUUGGAGCCUCACAAGAAGGAAGCAGCAUCAGAAUUAGGCAUCUUGGAAGAAAGAGAGGAGAAAACUGUAGUACGGGAUGGCUUGGUCGGCUAGUCCAAAGGCACGGAGCUGCUUCGGGCCUAGCCCGGAUUUCCAGAGUGAGCCACAUGGCCCCUGCAGACCCGGCCUCGGAGGGUCCCAAGCUUGAGGACCCGCCGGCCCCCCACCUGUUUGAAAAGUGCCCUUCUGGCUUAGUCAUGGCGAAGCUGGAGACGUUACCUGUGCGCGCUGAUCCCGGGAGGGAUCCUCUCCUGGCCUUUGCCCCCCGGCCUUCUGAGCUUGGACCCCCAGAUCCCCGCCUGACCAUGGGCAGUGUGGGUAGUGGGGUGACCCAUGCCCAGGAGUUUCCUAUGAAAAGCGUGGGCACUCGAACAGGGGGUGGGGGCAGCCAGGGCAGUUUCCCUGGUCCUAGAGGCGGUGGUAGCGGAGCCGGCCGGGAGAGACCUGGCCGCUACCCAUCAGAGGACAAGGUUCUCGCCAACUCUCUCUACCUCAAUGGCGAGCUGCGGGGCAGUGACCACACAGACGUCUGUGGUAAUGUGGUGGGCAGCAGCGGGGGCAGCAGCAGCAGCGGGGCCAGCGACAAGGCCCCACCGCAGUAUCGUGAACCCAACCACCCACCGAAGCUCCUGACCACCUCUGGCAAGCUAGACCAGUGCUCAGAGCCACUCGUUCGGCCAUCAGCCUUCAAACCUGUUGUACCCAAGAACUUUCAUUCCAUGCAGAACUUGUGUCCUCCACAGACCAAUGGGACCCCCGAGGGACGACAGGGCCCCGCUGGCCUCAAGGGCGGACUGGACAAGUCUCGGACCAUGACCCCCGCGGGUGGGAGUGGGGGUGGCCUCUCAGACUCAGGCCGGAACUCACUCACAAGCCUGCCUACCUAUAGUUCCAGCUAUAGCCAGCAUCUGGCACCCCUCAGUGCUUCCACCAGCCAUAUCAACCGGAUUGGCACUGCUGGCUAUAGUAGCGGCAGCAGUGGUGGGGGGUCAGGCUACCAAGAUCUGGGGACCUCCGACAGCGGGCGGGCCUCCAGUAAGAGCGGGUCGUCAUCAUCCAUGGGGCGGUCAGGCCACCUGGGAUCCGGGGAGGGCGGAAGUGGGGGCCUGCCGUUCGCAGCCUGUUCACCACCCUCGCCCAGUGCACUGAUCCAGGAGUUGGAGGAGCGCCUGUGGGAGAAGGAGCAGGAGGUAGCUGCCCUGCGGCGCAGCCUGGAGCAGAGCGAGGCAGCCGUGGCCCAGGUGCUGGAGGAGCGGCAGAAGGCCUGGGAGCGGGAGCUGGCGGAGCUCCGGCAGGGCUGCAGUGGGAAGCUGCAGCAGGUGGCGCGCCGCGCCCAGCGCGCCCAGCAGGGCCUCCAGCUGCAGGUGCUGCGGCUACAGCAGGACAAGAAGCAGCUGCAGGAGGAGGCGGCCCAGCUGAUGAGGCAACGGGAAGAGCUAGAGGACAAGGUGGCCGCCUGCCAGAAGGAGCAGGCCGACUUCCUGCCCCGGAUGGAGGAAACUAAGUGGGAGGUGUGCCAGAAGGCCGGGGAGAUUUCCCUCCUGAAGCAGCAACUCAAGGACUCGCAGGCCGAUGUGUCGCAGAAGUUGAGUGAGAUCGUGGGGCUGCGCUCACAACUUCGGGAGGGAAGAGCCUCCCUCCGGGAGAAGGAGGAACAGCUGCUCAGCUUGAGGGACUCCUUCGGCAGCAAACAGGCCAGCCUGGAGCUGAGUGAAGGCGAGCUGCCCACUGCCUGCCUCAAGCCUGCACUGACCCCCGUGGACCUGGCCGAGCCACAGGAGGCACUGGCCUCCUGUGAGAGUGAUGAGGCCAAGAUGCGCCGGCAGGCUGGGGUGGCAGCUGCGGCUUCCCUGGUUUCUGUCGAUGGGGAGGUGGAUGCUGGGGGAGAGGGUGGGACGCGAGCCCUGCGCAGGGAGGUGGGGAGACUGCAGGCUGAGCUGGCUGCUGAGCGGCGUGCCCGGGAGCGCCAGGGUGCCAGCUUUGCAGAGGAGCGCCGGGUGUGGUUGGAGGAGAAGGAGAAGGUCAUCGAGUACCAGAAACAGCUCCAGCUGAGUUAUGUGGAGAUGUACCAGCGCAACCAGCAGCUGGAGCGGCGGCUUCGGGAGCGUGGGGCAGCAGGGGGUGCCAGCACGCCUACUCCCCAGCAUGGUGAGGAGAAGAAAGCCUGGACCCCCUCCCGCCUCGAGCGCAUCGAGUCCACAGAAAUCUGAUUCUCUAUCUGCGUGCACAACCUUCUGACAAGUGCCCUGUCUGAAGGUCGGAGUCACCAAUGUUCCCUUCCAUUCAUUUCCCUUCCCAUGUGUGCUGCAUAUCCCCAGACCAAAGAGGUUCUCAAAGCAGCUGUGACCAGCCCCCUUCCCCCCCAGUCCAUGCAGCUCCAGCACUGCCUUUGUGGGGAGCCACUCCAGACCCUCCUGCCAAGGAGAGCGUCGGGGAGGGCAGAGUGCAUGGCGGGUGAGGUCCCAGGUACAGGGAGCAUGCUCCUUUUCUGGAAAGCCUCUCAUUGGAGAUGGAGGCAGGCUUGAAUUGCCAGGAAGUACCCUAGCCCCCUUCCCGGAUCUUGGGCCACUGCUGCUGGCCACCUUGUGUCCAGUGCUACCGUCUGUGCUCUCCUAGGCCACACAGCCUGAAGGAGCCUGCGCGGGUCUACCAAUGCCGACAGACCCUAGGCUCCUGGUCUCUCUCCUUCAUGUGGUGUUCUCCUUCCCCAGGCAGAUUAGCAAGAGAAGUAGGAGCAGAUGGCCUGCCUGUGGUUGAGAGGGCUACCUGCCCAACCCCUCCCCCAGCAAGGUAUCUUUGGCUCAGGCCUUAGAGCCUGGACUAGUCCUGAGCAUGUGCCCCUCUGUGUAUAUUGAGGGAGGUGAGAGUCGGGGCUGGAAGCGCAGUACCCAGGGGAGACCUGCCUUCCUAUUCUUGGAAAGGGUCGCCUAGAGGCUUCUCAGCCCCACCCUCACCCUCUGGCCAGGAUCCUACAAGGCUAUAUCCCCUGCUGCUUGGUGACCGUCCCCAGGGUCACUGUUCAGCUCUAACGAUAGCUAUGAAGUGCUACCUGCCUCUUAGGUAUUUUGUUCACCCCAUUUCUGAGCUCAGAUGGAUGUCUGAUGUCUUCCUGUGUUUUCCCUCACUGUCUCCACCAGCCUCCUGCUUUCACGCUCCCAUCACCUUCCCAGGCUGCCUUUUCCUCCGAGUCUCACCUUUGCUCCCGGCAGAGAGCCCAGCUCGACUCUGGGUGCCCUGCUCACUUCUCAGACCCCACUGGCCCAAGUCUGAGCCUGGGCCCCUUGUUUGAGGGGCCAGUCAGGGUUGGAUGUGACUGUCCCUGAAGAACAAGGCUAACCUUUGAGGAUCACUGACCCUCGGGUUGCUCGCCAGACUCUUGAGUUGGCUUAUUUGUCCGGGCAGGGAUGGCUGGCAUGGGUUGGGACAGUCAAGGUCACUCACUUCCUUAUCUAGAAUCUCUCAGAGUCUCUCUCCCCAAGACAGGCAGGGAAAUUCUAAUUUCUCUUUUAAGAAAGUAAAAUUUCCAAUUCACCAGCAAUAACAAUCAGAGGAGACUUGGCCCUCAGUCCUUGUAUUUCUCUUUUUCACUCCCUCUUCCUGCCCCAAGAUGAACUUUUGGGGUCCGGAUGGAGAGGGUUGGUAUCUACUGUGAGCAAGUCCCCAACCCCUGACCAGCCUCCUCCCAUGACUGGUGACUGUUCAACACGCUGUGUACCGCCCACAAAAACAGGAGUGCCCUCUUGGUGCCCUCCGGCCCUUUGCACAGCUCCUUCUGGGUGGUCCUCAACGGGUUUUUGACCUUGAUUGGAGGCCACUCUGGCAACCACUGCCCAUUCCUCUAAUCCUUCACUGUACCUGCUCCAGAGCCUGAGCCUGGUCCACAGGGACUGGGAGAAGGCAUUAACACAAAACAAAACAGAGAUGGGGGGAGAAAAAAAAAUGAACAGCUUUGGAAUGUCCAACCACAAAAUAAAUUAUAUAUAAAUAUAUAAAUAUAUAUAUAUAUAUCUACCAUAUGUGAUGGAAAGACUUUUCAUUUUUCCGUUCCCAAAGAAAUAAAAUGGAGAAAGCCUCUUAAAUGGCA